CCACGUGGUGUCGCUUUCCGUGUACGUCACGUCAUAACUUUGGAAGCGGCGUCUCGCUUGAAAGCGGUGUGUGUGGUUCCAACAAAAGUAUCCGCGGUCAGGAUCUCACAUACUGCGUUGUGUUUAUCGUGUUGUUGACUUUUUCUCUAGUCGUACGCGAUGUCGUCCUCACUCAAGGUAGACAACGAGCUCAAGUCGAAGGUGGAUGCAUUUCGAGAACAGAUCACAAGCGAGGCAGAGCACCUCGUCGCUAGCUUCUUCCCGUUGAAGCUUCUCGAACUUGACAGUUUUUUAAAGGAGCCCAUACUGAACGUUGAGGACCUGAAGGAGAUCCACUCUGAGAUCGUCGUCAGGGUGCCAGAUCCCAUCCUCUUCACAAACAGUAACCACGGCCUCGACCCGCAAAAUGCCAAGAAGAGGAAAUUGGAGGACGGAGCUGAUGAGAACUGUCGGGACGGCAAAGGAGAGGCCAAGGUGCUGGUGGUGGCGCCGGAGAACAUGAUGCGCUGCAACCGGCGGCUGGUGGAUCUGAUCGAGCGCGUCAAGCCUGAGAUCCGGACGCUCAUUGAGAAAUGCAACACGGUGAAGAUGUGGGUCCAGCUUCUCAUCCCCAGAAUAGAAGAUGGAAAUAACUUUGGAGUCUCCAUACAGGAGGAAACGGUAGCAGAGCUGAGGACGGUGGAGGGGGAGGCGGCUUCCUACCUCGACCAGAUCUCCAGAUAUUAUAUCACCAGGGCCAAGCUGGUCUCCAAGGUCGCCAAGUAUCCCCACGUGGAGGAUUACCGCAUCACAGUGUCGGAGAUCGACGAGAAGGAGUACAUCAGCCUGCGUCUCAUCGUGUCCGAGCUCCGGAAUCAAUACGUGACCCUGCAUGACAUGAUCCUGAAGAACUUUGAGAAGAUCAAGAAACCCAGGAACAGCAACGCCGAAUCUCUUUAUUGAUGACCUCUGUUACCCCCCCCCCCCCCCCCCCCCACCCCCCCCACACACUCACACACACACACACGGCGUCAAACACUCACACACUCAGGUCUUGCUGUCGGGAGAGUGAGCAUGUGCAGGGCAUGCUUCAUUGACUGCUGCAGCUCAAUUUGGAAGGUUUCAUAAACACAGUAGGAACACGGGCACUCACCCACGAUUCACCUCAUUCCCCCCCUCCCGCCACCCCUCUGUGCGCACCCCCCCCCCGGCCACACAUUAUGUGUAUUAGUUUAAUUUGCUAACCCGCUGCCCUCUUUGGGCCUCUGGAUUCAUUGGUAUUUCCUGUCUGCUUGCGCUCUCAAAACAAGGUGCAUCCACCAGCGGUCUGUUUUCAAGUGGCCAUCCAUUAUUCCCCUUACUCGGCUCCAACUCCCACUCAACUCCCACACGCGCACACGCACACGCACACACACAGUCUUUGCUAUACAACGUAUAGCGAAACGAAAUGCAGCAAAUGGUUGCCUUUGUGUAGCUUUCUUCUUUUCGUUCCUCUUUUUAGCCGGUGCCUCGGAGAUGCAUCAGGGGUUAACGUGGGGUACCGGCAGUUUGGCGUCCCGGAGCUUUGCUGUGACGCGAUUGCUCGCCGGUGUGUCAUGUGAACCGUUGUCUCUGUGUAUCUCACGCAGCCAACUCCCCUCUCUCUCCCCCCUUUCACUCCCUCUCUUGCUCUCCGUCUCACACUCUCUCCCCUUCCUUCCCCCCCGCUCUCCAGCAGGCCUGGUUCGGGAGAAGGCCAAACACAUUACUAACUGAGCUAGGGGCGGGGGGGGGGGGGAAUGAUAGACAGUACUGAAAACGGCCCUUUUUUUCCCCUCAUGGGAAAUUCCCUCAUUUUAAUCAGUAAAGCAGAUUUCUGUGGAUUUCCGGUACUUUUUAGUUUUUGUAGGCUUUUCAGUGUAUUCCGAGGCAUGUGUGUGUGUGUGUAGUGUUCCCGCUUCCCCACGGACGCGUGAGGUCGAGGGUGAGCUGUGGACAGUGUGUAGCGUCUGAACGCUUUGUGUGCGAUCUGUUCCGCCGUUCGACGCGAGUGCGGUCGCGCCAAGUGUGCUGACCAGAGUGUCUCAUUGUGUUUUUUUUUUUUUUUCAUUAUUUGUAUUAUUUCAGUUGAGAAACGUAAUGUUGCCAUCGGUAGAGUGCACCUUUUGUGGCGUGCUUCUUUUAAAUAAACUCAAAUCAAAUCCCGUC